AUGGAGAGCUAUACUGUUAACUUGACGAUCCCAAAUACUCACCUCCUUGUCGACGGCGAGAGCACCGCGCCCAUUCCAGGCUCGGUCUCUGUCUCUCCAGCCACAUCAGCAUUUGCAUCGCCCGUCUCAGCCGUCUGUCGGCCAGAAAUAACGGUGAAGCUGGUCCGUCUUGUGAGUUCUAGAAGGCCGAGACCACCAUUCCCAGGAAAUGAAACCAGCAGCAAGACUCUGCCCUGGAGACGGAUGACUGCCCAAGUCCAGUCCUUCCCUUCCCAGAUACCCAAUGCACAAUCGCAAACACUGGCGAAAUGUAUCAUCUGGCACAGUCUAGACGUGACCAGCCUGGAUUUCCAGGAGCGGAAGUUCAGCUUCUCUCUUCCUAUUCCCGGCAACAUCCCGCCCACAGCCGACACAGCUUUGGGGACUGUUUCCUACACUAUCACCGCGACGGUACGCUUAGCGUCUUCCGUCAGCGUCCAGGACUCGCAGCCCAUCCGUAUACGACGAGCGGCGCCGCCAGAACCCGUCUGGCAUAUCCGGGCGUACCCCGGCAGCCCCGUGGUCACGGAACUGUGCAUAGCGCCUUGCCCUCCAGAAACAAAAAGUACCGGGCGUCAAACACAGUAUGACAUCGAAUGGCAAGCGAAAUCAACGAUUCUGGAUGGGGAGCGAGAGUCAGAAAUCAAGUACGUCGUUGCCGAGGAGGUGCGGUGGCAGGUCGACGAGACGGUCAAGUGUCUAUCUCUGGCAAGGCAGGAAAACAGAACGAACCGGAGGAAGAUCGUCCGCAGCCAAGAGCGUACACGCCAGAUAUGUCAGGGAGCGAUAGCGGGCCGAUGGUUAGCGGGCUCAGGUCGCAAGGACCGACCUGGGGAGGCCGGGGCUGGAGGAAGGAUUGAGAUCCCGUUCCAAGUGCAUAUCCCGACAGCAAUCGACGAGAUAGAUGCAUCGUCGUAUUUCGGCGACCCUGAAUGUGUCCAUGGCGAAGAGAUGGACGAGAUGGAAACUCUCGCAAUCACGGUCCGUCACAGGCUGCACCUCGAAGUCUUCACUGGGGAGGACACGUUUCAUCGGGAGACUGGAGACUUGGUCGAGCGUCGCAGACGCGUCAGAUCAUACAAGGCUGUCUUUUCCCUGCCUGUUCGAGAGGUUGCAGAAACCGAUUUCUUGAACCAACUGCGUGCUGCAACUGGGCUUCCAAUGUAUGAAGACCCGUAUCCGGCACUGCCAGAGUAUAGCGGAGAAUAG